AUGUCGGCGUUGCAGACGUUCCUGCUGGUCGUGGACCAUGAUAAGCAGGAGGCCAAGCAGAUCGCGGAACGAAUUGCUCAAGAUGUGGAGACCAAGAAAAUCACGCUCAUUGAAGUCGUGCAGUCGUUAGGAGAGUACAUCAAUGACGAGGACCCGAUUCUGCGCGGCAAGGCCGUUUCCUACCUCACGGCCGUGAUCAGGGCGCUUCCCCCGAAGUUCCUGUCGAGACAGCAGAUUCAGGUUCUGACGACUUUCUUCUGCGAACGGAUUGAGGAUGGAGGUGCCGUCGCUGGGUUGGAGACCUUGCAGAAGCUGGAUCGGUUCAAUAAGGCGUUGGCUGAAGAGGUUGCGCGGGCUGUCUUCGAGCGCUUCGAGGAGCUACAGUCUCGCUCGCAGUCUCAGAGGUUCCAGGUUUACCAAUUGCUGAACGAAUUGAUGAUCAAUCAUCGUGCCGCCCUCCAUGAUAUGGGUGACGAGUCCCUGGUUGGCAUAGUGAACUUGAUGACGGGUGAGAAGGACCCACGCAACCUGAUGCUGGUUUUCUCGAUCCUCAAGGUGGUGAUGGUGGAGUGGGAUGUGUCCAACCAUGCUGAAGCUCUGUUCGACUCUGUCUACAACUACUUCCCCAUUACGUUCAGGCCUCCGCCGAAUGAUCCCUACGGUAUCACUGCUCAGGAUUUGAAGGAUCGCUUGCAAGAUUGCAUUUCGGCGAAUAGUCUAUUUGCUCCGCACGCUGUUCCUUCUCUGUUGGAUAAGCUUGACUCCACGUCGCCCAAUGUCAAGAAAGAUGCGCUCAAUGCACUUAUUGCUUGCGUCAAGUUGUACGAUCCAAACACCGUGUCCAAGUACUCGAUCACCAUCUGGGAGACUCUGAAAUUCGAGAUCCUCAAUGCCCAGGAAGAGUUCCUUUCUGAGCUCUCACUUCAGGUCUUGAGCAGCAUUGCGCAGCGCUUGUCGGAGGGCGUCACACAGGUCUCCGAUCAGUUGCCUCUUGCGCAGUUCUUGCGCCCUAUUACCAAGGAGUGCAGCGAGCAAUUGCAGGAGCCUCAGCAAAAACAGGCGAAGCCUGCUCAGCAAAUCCUCAGCUCGACUUCCGCAGCGUCCGCGGCCUCGUUCACGCUCAUUGUGCAAACCGUCGUCGCGCCACUCUUGACGAUCUACCAGGAAGCUGAUGGAAUUGCUAAGCAGAGAGCUCUGCUAGAUACAUUGACCGUUCUCUUCGAUUCUGCUAUUCAGGUAUAUGGCGCAUGGACAUCGCGGGAGUCGGAGCCUAGUCUCAGCAACCCCUUGCUCGAAUUCAAGGACCAGUUCUCGGACAUCUUCGGCCAGGCUCUUAUGGGCGUUAUCAAAGAGGAAGUCUCGUUCCGCACCUCCGCCCUGAAGGGAUUCUUGCGCUUGUCUACCCUGCGCAACUACUUCCAAGACAACGAAGUCGGACUCUUCGUACAAUACCUUGACGAAAUCCUCCUCAAGGAGGAAUCGGUCGGUCGUGACGAUCUGAAGAAGGAAGCCAUCGCUGCCCUGACUGAAAUCUCGAAGUACAAGCCUCGUCUGAUCCUGGACAUCACUUUCCCUGCUUUCGUGGCCACGCUUCCUGACUCCGACGAUGGGUCGAACCCUGGGUAUAUCACCACCCUCGAGACUCUCGCACAAAUCAGUGUUGAGAGAGAUAUCUUCGACACGCUUGUCCGUCGUCUGCUCAGCAAGUUGAGCAUACUGUUGCAGAAGGAAGAUCCAGGGUCCGUGGACUACCCCAGAGCCAUCCUCUUGACUAUCCUUUAUGUCAUGAACCAAAGGAAACUCGAGGAGACCCCAAACCUGGACCUCUACUACGACAAGAUCGUCGUGAGCCUGUGCCGCAGCGCAGCAACAGCAGCUCUAGGCAAGGCCCCGAACAACAUCCUAACCGACGCUACCGUCCUUGAUGUCCUCGGAAGACUAUGCAACGUCAUCAUCAGAUCCCUUCCUCAGAGCAAGCACGACGAAGUCGUUUCCAACAUCUACACCCUCUUCGCCUCAGCGGAUGGCUUCCAACAGGUGCCUUUCACGCCCUCCCCAACCGACAGCCACCGCCGCACCAUGAUCCUCUCGACCUACCUCCUCGCCAGUCUCCCCCGAGACACGAAGAACCUUCCCUCCUGCACACCCCCCGUGAUGUCCGACCUCCUCACAGACAUCGCAAGCCGCUGCACGACCGAGACCGAGACCGCCACCCAACUGGCCUUCCUCCGCCAUCUAGCCCUCUACAUCAACAAGCACCUCAACAAGGAAGAUCUCGAUCUCGCAACCUCCCUCUUCGACACCCUCCUCCCCCCAACCACCCAAGACCCCCAACUCACCACCCCCACCAUCAAAACCCUCUUCUGGCUCUCCAAAGCCCUCAUCCUACGCCUCUCCCCCAAAACCACCCAAAUCCUCACCACCCUCCUGAACCUCCUCUCCUCCUCCUCCGAAUCCACCAGCACCACCGCCGCCCGCGGCUUCGCCAUCCUCCUCAAAGACGACGAAGUCCUCUCCCCAACCAACCACGCCAACAUCCGCCUCCUCUCCAAACAACGCGUCUUCACCACCCUCACUCCACUCAUCUCCGCUCGCAUCCGCGAGGUCAACGUCGCCGGCAACACCACAACCACCACCACAGCACCAACAUCACCACACAUCAAACCCGCCCACCUAACCGCCCUCUCCGGCAUCCUCUCCACCAUCCCCCCGACCCUAGUCAUGCCCGAACUCCCCACCCUCCUCCCCCUCCUCCUUCAAAGUCUAGACCUCCAAUCCGCCGACUCCCAGCCCGUCCGCGCCGCCACCCUCGAGACCCUCGCGGUAAUCAUCCGCGACAACGGCGUCACCGUGAUCGAAGAUUGCGGACACGUGCAAAGCCUCGUCACUCGACUCCUCAAGACAGCCGAGCAUGCACCAGCUACUGGAGCCGUGAACGGACCCAAACUGCGCGUCGAUGCCCUCAAGUGUCUGUUCUUGCUUGCGCAGACGCCGGGUUCCGGUGGUGUCGCCGAUGCUCCCAAGGUAGCUAAGGCGGGUAAGCUGUCGCCGCUGUUGCCGGUGAAGAGUCAGGUGCUUCGGGCGUUGAGGACGGUGCUGGAUGAUCCGAAGCGCGAUGUUAGGAAGGCUGCGGUGGAUGCGAGGGGCGCUUGGCUUAGGGGGGUGGAUGAUGCGGCGGAGCAGGAUGAUUGA